GUUCACCGCGCAUGCGCCAGCGGCCGGGGGGAGGGGGGACCCCGCGCAUGCGCGCAUCGGUGGCGCAGAAGGGAAUUGGUCGCCACCCUACUGCGGUUGUAAGGUUUUCCAGGACCUCGGUGCAGUGAGGGAAGCGGGUGGACACUUUGCAGAAAAGGGUGGAACCGUGGGUACAAGAGCAGGUAUCCCUCACCUUAACUGUAUUUCAGGGUGCCGGCGGAUUCGAACCAGUCUAAAGAAGACAUCGGGGCCCGUUUGAAUCCGGCAGCCGCUCGGUACGUUAACCUGAUUUGAAAGCGACCGUGAUAUGGGAAUCUGUCGCUGAAGGCCAGGCCAGGCCAGGCGCCCGUUACGUUGUACGACGGUGCGGCAGGCCCGUCCAGCGGCGGGUUCCUUAUUGCCAGGCAUGAUGGUUCGCUCAAGGUCAAGAUCCCCAAGAUGGAAGCACAGGUUAAUCUCGCCAGACUGUGGACGGAGCCAAGAAUACAAUGUUGUGAGACCAUUUUAUCCGUCGCAUAAUAGUGAGUCAAGAGGAUUCAGUCAAAGCUCAGGAAGACCUGCACAGUGGAGGGGACAACAGGAUAAAUGGAAUGAAGCAGGCACUGCAGAAUCAAGAUCAGAAGUUGCACAAUAUGGUAACAUUCAUUAUAAAGUUUUUGAGUAUAGACAACCUUCCCCAAUUGCAAGAAGAAUGGAAUCUGAUCAUGCGUUAGGGAGAAACUUUUACCCAGAGGAGAGAGAAGAAAAUCGAUCUCAUACCCUUCUUUCAAGAUCUGCUGAAGAAAAUCCAUACCAUGAUCAUGAUGAGCGUCAUGAGAGCAGUGACUGGCACCAUGAAUGGCAUCAUGGUCACAGUGAUCGUCACCAUGGCCACAGUGAACGUCACCAUGAUCGUGAUGUAUGGCGUAAUGACCACGACGACCAGCAUUAUAAUCAGAGUGCAGAAAUCUUGACUCGUUACAAAUUGUCUGAUGAAAAGUCAAAGACUGUUAGAGGUGAUUCACAAUCCAAUUGUUAUGAUCGACCUAGUACCACCUCUUAUGCCGGUGCAGAAAAGUGGCGUGACCCUGAAGGCUUUAGAAGUCACAGUUUACAUGAGGAAAGGCACUCAAGUUCUUUACGGUCUCUUGGAAGACGGUCUGAAGAGUUUCUGGAAAGGAGCUCCUACCAGAAGAGGUAUCCUGAGGAUAAUGAUGUCAAAGGGUACAGAGAAGCAUCUGGAAGAGGCUGGGUGCCAGGAAAGCUUGAGGCAGUAGAUCAUGAACAAGAUUUAAAAUGGAGAGGAGAGAAAAUGCCUCAUAAUAAAAAACCCUACACUUCUGCAUUAUACAAUGACUCUGAAAAUGCACGUAUUAAAGAUGUGUCAAGAAACUGGUAUAGUGACAGUGAUCGCUUUGAAGAGUUUGUGCAAGUAAAGAGUGGGUUUGCACAUUCACAGAAGUAUCCUGAAAUGCACUCAUCUUCUGAGCACCACCAUAGCUUUUCUAGUGAAAGACAGCAAAGAUACUCAAGUAAAGAUAAAGAAUAUACGACUGGCUCCUUGAGUGCUAAAGAGGUGAGUCGUUUUCACAGUAGCAGCCGGAGGUCGGGUACUGAUGCAAACAAAGAGGGUCACUACUCUGCGUCGAGCAAGUAUCUUGUUCCUGAGCAUUACUCCGACAGGUUUCCACGAGCAGGCAAGAAAGAAGUGAGCCCCAGAUAUACAGCAACCUCGGCCACCAGGGGGCGAGUGGAAAGGAGAAAGGAGUUCGGAAGCCGUCCUAAGGACCAGCGUGAUGAUACUCGCACUCCUAAGCGAUCAAACCAUGGGUCUUAUCACAUGGAAGCUUCACACUGUGUUGCUAAUAAUGAGAAAGACCAUACAACUGAAUCCUUGACCAUCAAGUUAGACAUGAAGAAGACUGUGAACAAAUACAGGCCUGCGUCAAGCCAUUCUUCAGAGAGACUAAUGUCUCGGGAUUUGGUUAGUGUUGGCAAGAAACGAGAUGAGUUUCAUCAUGUGUUUGAGCAUAUGGGUUCAUCAUUGAAGGCUAACCCGAAUAUCUCUUCAGGAGAAUUUGCCCAGGAGAUAAUCACUUUGGUGCACCAAAUUAAAGGUCAGCGGUCCCCAACCACCGGGCCGCAAAGCAUGUGCUACCGGUCCGCGAGGAAACAAUAUGAUUUGGCGAUGGAAACAAGCCCAGGGCUCCCACUGAUUCAGCGAUAUUGGUGUGUUGCAAUGAUUUUAUAUGUUCAUAUGGGGAAAAUAUGUGAUGUGUGGUUAAUAUCCAAAUGUUACUUAAAAUGUUAUGAUGCUGUUGACUUAUAAGUGACUUGUAUAAUCAUAUAACAAUUACAGCACAGAAACAGGCCAUCUUGGCCCUUCUAGUCUCACCUACUCUCACCUAAUCCCACCGACCUGCACUCAGCCCAUAACCCUCCAUUCCUUUCCUGUCCAUAUAGCUAUCCAAUUUUUCUUUAAAUGAUAAUAUCGAACCUGCCUCUACCACUUCUACUGGAAGUUCAUUCAACACUUACUUCAAGCUUCCCUGUCCUCCCCUGAUAAUUGACUUAUCACUAUAUUCAUGCGAGGAAAAUGUGCGCUAUGUGUUUAAUAUUAAAUUAGUUAGAUAAACCCUUUUAGAAAUGAAAUUGAGUGUAUUAGCCACUUAUCGCCUAUAUUCUGGUCAUGAUUAACCCCCCCCCCGAACAGAAUCGCCACAAACGAUUUGUAGAGAAAAAUCGGCACGUACACACAUGUGCAAGGCUUAAUGGUCAUUGUAGUCUUUCUUGGGGUAAACCCAACAUAUUUGACUGCUAUUCUUGUCCGUUGGCACCUCCCCCCCCCGUCGGCCGGCCUGCAAGAAUAUUGUCAAUAUUAAACCAGUCCGCAGUACAAAAAAGGACGGGGACCCCUGUCCUAGUUCACUCUUUUGCUAAUUCCCAUGAAUUCGUGCCACCUUUGAGAUAUCCUCCCUCAUUACUGCAGGAGUGGUCUCCACGGUGGAAUGCUAAUGUCAAUUCUGUGCCUUUGACCAUUAUUGCAGCAAUAUUAUAUUCCUAUGUGCUGAUUAGUGCUCUAAGUUCACCAUCCUUUCCAAUCAGUUCUCUUGCAUUAAAACAGGCACAACUUAGCCUUCCAAUCCCACUCUCUGUCUUCAUGUGCCCAUGUUUGUUUUGCCUUUUGGUCUGACUAGUUUUCCUAUAUUUCACUGAAUCUUGGUCUCAAUUUAUACAUGUACUUAUGGUCCAUUUUGAACUGUGGUAGUGAGUCUGUGUGAGCACAUGAUCAAAGAGUUGGGGGACAGUACAAAUUAGAGGGAGAGUAGUGACUGACUGACUAGUAUCUCACUCAACUCCAGUUGAAGAGAAGGUGUAAAUUCUUUCAGGAUAGGUAUCCCUCAAAGAGACUUCACAAUGAAGCAGCAAAUCAUAAACACAAGAGGUUCUGCAGAUGCUGGAAAUCCAGAGCAACACACAAAAAGCUAUCUGAUCUCAGCAGGCCAGGCAAAUGAAUGGAAAAGAAUAAACAACUGAUGUUUCAGCUUGAGAUCCUUCAUUAGAAAGGAGGAAGAAGUAGGGAGAGGACAGCUAGAAGCUGAUGGGUGUAGCUAGGUAGGUGGAGGUUGGAUUGUGAUGGUGGAUGCAGGGAGGUGAUUAGCAGAAAAGGCAAAGGGCUGGAGAAGAAGGAAUUUGAUGAGAGAGAAGAGUGGAUCUUGGGAGAAAGUGUAGGAGGAGGGGCACUGGGCGAGGUGAUAGGCUGGUGAGGAGAUGAGGUAAGAGGCCAGAGUGGAGAAAUGAAGAAUCAGAAUUACAGUUGUAUGUCGUGAAGU